AUGCCCCCGGUGGCCUGGCCCGUCAGCCCCUGUGUCGGAAAGGUGCGUGGGGCGGCAAACACGUUUGCAUUUGCCACCCCUCUUCAUCCCUCGCGGGUGCGAUGCUCCAUCAAAGCGCAGAAGAUGCCGCCCAAACGGGUCGCGGAGACCCUCACUGGCAGGCUGCAGUCGAAGCUCGAUGCCAGAGCCAGCCGAGAAACAAAGGGGUGGAUCGAGAAGUACAUGAAAAAUGUGAUUGAGGCCAGGGGGCUACAGACGCCCGACGUCGUGAGCAUGGUAGCGGAGUGGCGGCGGGAGGAGGGUGUCGACGAGCUGGCGCCGAAAACCCAGAAGAUGAUCGCCACUCUGCUCAUGAAGUCGGAUUACACAGAAGACAAGCUGGCGAGCAGCCUCGUGUUCCAGACGUGCCUGAUUCCCAGCGGCAGCAUCGCCUGGCGGGACAGCCUCCCGUGGUUUGCCUCCUUUUUCGACGACGGCCUCAUCUGGGACUGGGCCUCUUGCGACGGGUUCUGCGGCCGCGUCCUGAAGCACCUGGUGAUGUCACAGAAGGAGCGAGCAGAGCGAGAGGCGUGCGCCAGAGGGAUAUCUGAAUGGCGCAACGCCGAGAACUUGUGGCGUCAGCGGGCGUCAUGCGUGUCGUUUGUGACCCUAGCGAAGCAAGGCGAUGCGUUCUUUCCCGGAUUCAAAGACAUGCUGCUGGACGGAUGCGGCACGACCGUUCGUCGGCAGGAGAGGUUUGUUCAGACGGGCACAGGGUGGCUCCUUCGGGAAAUUGGGAAGGGGGACGAGAGCGCGCUGGUGGAAUUUUGCGAGUGGAAUUUAGAAUGGUUUACUGGGGAGGGACUGCGAUAUGCUGUGGAGAAGCUGCCCAGAGAGCAAAGCAGCAAGUUGAGGGACCGCCACAAGGAACGCCGCGCGCGCCAGGGAGCGAACACUGGGGGUGAAAGGGAACCCCAGAAGCGCAAGCGAAAGCCGGAAGAUCGUUAG